UGGAUUCCUGUAGACAAUCACUCCAGUUGAGUUUUUCAGAAGAGGUGGGCUAUGAUUCCACAACGAGCGUCAGCAUGUCUUGUGCUGGGUUUUAAAAGCAGCGCUGCAGCACUGGACCUUCAAUCAGCGUGCUGAAGACGAACUGAACCCCAGCUGAGGAGUAUCUAGUAGGAAGAACUCUAGAAAUGAAUGCGUGCAGACCCGCAUAUUUGAGGACCAAGUGUCAAAAGUACGUGUGCGUUGAGAGCAGGGGGUCACGGUCGACUCCUCAGAUUGUCGCGAAGAGUUUUCAGCUCAACAGUACAAACUCCCGUAAAGUCACUGUAACUGUGAAUGAGCGUACGGGGGUCGAUAAUGUCAAAUGGAUGGCUUUCUGCUUUGAGCUGAACAAGAAGAAAUAUUUCCCUGUUGUUAAUGGCGAUAAAUUGGGAUUUGAGGAAACGUUAACAUCUGACAAGAAGUUCUGGUUUCAAUAUGGUGAGAAAACAGGAAAAUGGAGGACUGUGCAAUCAGUAGCUAAACCCGACAUGUACCUCAAUUUUGAAUCCAAACAAAGCAAUGUAAUCAUCUGUUCACAGCCGCUGCAACAUUUUAGAAUUUUCUUCGAAGUCGAGCCUAGAAGUCCAGUAACGACACCGAAAAGCAUAUCAAUGUCUAUAAGUCGCAGGUACAAUGACGACUCAACUCAACGGAUGGUUGUGGAGAAUUUUAACAUCACCCACUAUGGACACCGCAGUGAAGAGAGAAAUGAAAUAAAAAUGAUACAGGACGAGAGACCAGUGUAUCCGCAUACCAGAUACAGAAAUGACAUGUCCAUUCAAAGCAAUGACCAAUCAACUUGCCAGAUGGUUGUGCAAAAUUUGAAGAUCAGCCACAAUGGAAACCCCAGGGAAGAAGAAAGUCGCCCAGAAAUGAUACAGGACAGCAGACCAAUGUAUCUAGAAACCAGACUCAGACAGUACAUGUGGGACAGAAGCAAAGACGGGUCAACUAGUCAGAUGGUUGUGGAGAAGAUUAAGAUCAGCGACGACAGAAACCCCAGAAGGGGGAACAAGAGGAUUUGACGAGUACAUUGCAGUAAGGAGACAACAGAAUGACAUUCACAGUUUGAAUGGUUCAACAAAAGGCCAUCAUUUUUCCACGUUUGAGGUUAUCUUAUUCAAGUGAAUUACAAGAUACAUUAACCAUCUACCUAUUGUAAGCAAUAAAAGUAACUAUUUAACCGCCCUCAAAAAAAGUGUUCAUGCCCUGAACAGAUGUCAGUAUAUUAACAAAAGAUUAACUUUAAAGUUUUGAGAGUUUAAUAUUUAUUGUCAUUAUCAUCAAAGUAUUUAAAUUAUCAUUGUGUUAUUGAACCAUCCUGUUGACUCACGACAGGAAUUCACGGGACAUAAAACCGUAUGAGUUUGCUGCUGUGCUUCUGAUUCACUUUUUAUGUAGCUGCCCACAGAUUGUUUGAUAAGGGAGUUGCUUGAAUAACUACAUAAAACAAACCAUGAUUUGUAAACAAUACACUUUAUCAAACUACAAUAUAACAUUAUAUGUAGGUACGGUAAUGUGAAUGUUUCUCUCUUGUUGGCUGAGAAAGUCUUUUUGCAUUUGUGUCAAUGAAUGUAUUUAUAUGAGGAGCAUUUCUGAACUUGGAUGUCAUCUCUGUUGCUAAGGAGAGGGAGGCAUGGUGGGCUGAGAAUUUAUUUUGCAUGAUGCUUUUACCAAUUUUUCUUGGUUUGGAAAUGUUUUAGUUGUAGGAAUAGUCUGUAGACUAUUGUCAAUAAUGUUUUGCAAAUAUAUAAUGUAUAUAGCAUAUCUGAUCGUUCUUUUAGAACAAAAUGGUGCAUAUACAUGUAUUUUAAAAUAGGCUGCUUAAAAAUAGAAAAAAAACCUACAACCUUGUGUAUUGCAUAUAUUUAAUUGAUUUUUUAGCAUUUUACAUAAAUUUGUCUCACUACAAAACGGCUUUAUAGUAAAUACAUAACUGUACCAUCUUUAGUCUUAUAGACUUUCACCACAUGGGCAAUUCUGUGAAAAUGUCACGCUACAAUAUACAAAUAUUUUUUUACACCUAGCUUUCUGUCACGGUUCAGCAAGGAAAACAAGGAGAGGCUCCAGGUGCAGUAAAAUAUUUAAUUAUAAAAACAUAUAAGGGUAGACCCUAAUCUGGCAAAAGUUGAUUUUGCAGUUCCGCAAAUCUUUCAAACACAGAAGGUCCAGGUGUCAAAGAGUUAACUUUAUUUGUUCAAGUCAAACAAAGUGAGAUGAAGUCUUUCAGAACUGUUGGAUCAUGUCCAAUAAACAGUGGAAAAGUA